AUGUUGUCGCAGGAAUCCAGCCCGCUCUCGCUUCCAGAGAUCCUCCUGCAUGUUUACUCCUACCUCGAUGACCCCACCCUCAGCACAUGUGCACGCGUUUCGCACUUUUGGAGACGAUGGAGUUUACAUCACCGCUCAGCAUCGGCAUUUGUUCCCAGUAGCGACAUCCUUGACACCUUCGCCAGACGAGUAGUUCAGGACAACGAGAGCGACGAAGAGAAGGAAGCGGAGGGAGAAGAAAUUAAGGGCACUACCAUUGAGGACCAGGACCAGUCGUCAGGACCUCUUUUCAACAAACCAGCCGCAGCAACCAGCUCCCAGCCCUUGUGCCUCCAAGAGCUGCUACAACGAGGCACCGAAGUCCGGUCGCUCACCGUUGGCGAUCGCUGGGAUGGAGGGAAACCGCGCAUGAGACCCGACCCAUCCACACUCCAUUGGUCAAGCGUCAUCCCGCCCCGCCUCACCAACCUGGACCACAUCGGCUUCCGCCUCUACAGCCCCGAGCGGUUCUGGGCGGACGCACAUUUACGGACGCUUGUCAUGGACGAUCUUCUUGAGCAGAACCCUCGGAUCCGCAGUCUGGAGUACUCAACAUACAGGGCCCCUGGAAUUUUGACGUUGGUUGAUUUGCUGUUUCAACACCCACUUCAGCAUCUCAGGCGGUUGGAUAUCCAGAGCCGGGUGACGAGUGAGGGGUUUGCGGAGCUGUUUGUUGCAUUGAUCUUGCGGGAUGGAGGUCAGGUGCGGCGAAGGAUAGCAGCGUCAUCAGCUGCAGCUGGAUCAUUGCUCAAGGAACCGGAGCUACAGAUGGAGCCACAGACAGAACCGCAGAUAGAGCCGCAGUCAGAUGCAGAGUCGGAGCCAGGGUCAGAGUCAGGAUCAGAGUCGGAAUCCGACCAAGAGCAGGAGCCAACAUUAUAUACUUUGUCGGAUGAGCUACUUGCUCAGCUGCAAGUUCAGCUGCAGGAGGAGGAUGAAGAUGGGUUUGCGAUGCAAGUGGCUACAGAGUAUUCGGAAGAGGAGAUAUCGCCCAUGGAGGCAUCGAGGGGCCCUGAACCGCAGGAUCAAGGACGAUGGUUGGAAAGGCAGUACAAUAGACUGGACGCGGAUACAAAGAAGAGACUGGGAAAGUUUCCCGGCUUGGAUCUGGAGGAACUCGUGAUCAGAAACAUUGGACCCGCCAACGCCACCAGACACCUCUUCGACAUGUUCCUGCAACACUGUUACCUCGAAAACGGGAUUGAAUGUGAACAGUCGACCCUUCGAAGGCUGACCCUCCUGAAUUUCGACCUGCGCCAUCACCUGUACAACGUUCGGUCUCAACAACGGGAUCCCGAUGUGGAGGACGGGGAGUUAUCGGUCGAUCAGUCUAUCCUUAUCCAUCUCUGCCAGCGAUUUCCAAAGCUAGAGCAGCUGCGCGUGUCGCCGGAUCCCUCCAAUAUCCGAGAGCCCUUGCCAGAGCCGAUCCUUGACCGAAUCAGACAUAUCUAUCCGGUCUUGGACAGCGGUGGCCAUGUUUUGAUUCCACAGAGCGGGGAGGUCGGCGAAAGCAUUACAUUCCUCUGCCCGAACCUCAAGGCUAUCGAUUUCAGUCACCAUCGGGAGAUUCCAAGACAGGACUGGGAAAUGCUGCUGGAAACACUUGGUCCGCAGUUGGAGUCAGUGGUCGCCUGGGACGUGGAUGAGCUGGGGCCGAGAGAGUUGCUACAUCUGAUACCGCCUAGCCCUGCCAUCAUCCGCACUUUUGGGAACGACCAUCGUUAUCAGUCUUGGGUCGGGUUACAAGAGCUGGAUAUUAGCGCCAACCCCAAACUUGGAAGUGCGGUGCCCAUGUUCCUCAAAUUCGUCCCAACACUCCGGAUUCUUCGCGCGCUGGGCGUGCCCGUCAAUGGAUCACGACUGGUGGGGUACGAUUGGGUCUGCACGGACUUGGAGCUACUCUCGAUCAACAUCUUUAUUCCAAUGGCGACCUUCAAGCCCAAGAUUACAUGGGUCUGGAACCUGGAAAGAGAUGGAUGGGAUGUCUUGCCGCAUCCUGACGAUGGCCACGUGAAUCUUUCGGUCCUGCUCACGAGCGAGGGAGAAGCGAUUACCAGUUUGCCGACGGAUGAGGAAGAAGGGGUGGAGGACAUGGAUUUUGAAGAGGAGAACCAACAGGAACAGGGGCGCGUCAAGGGCAGUCAUUUCGACUACAGCGACAGCGAGGAUUCCGACUCUGAACAGGAAGGCGUUGUUGGGAAGGCGAAGGAGGAAGAUGAGGCAUAUCUGAGUUGGCGAGCCAAGGAGAACAAGAGGGUCGAGGAGACCACGACAUACAGCACCCAGAUCCAACGACAGAUCUGCCAACAACUCGGACGGUUGGUCCAGCUGAAGGAGUUGACAUUGGAGGGCUACCAGAGCGAGAGCAACUAUGACGACAAGGAUGACAUGUUCAUCGACUGCCUCCACCUCACCCUGGCGACUGGCCUCGACUAUUUACGCCCGCUGCGAAAGAACCUCAAGAAGUUGGUGGUCUACCAACUGGACGAAGAGCUGAGUGGCCGAGCAGAGGUAGAAUGGAUCGCCCAGAACUGGGUCAACUACGCGGAUGGGCCAUGGCAAGAGGGUUACCGGAACUGGAAGGCCGCCAAGGGUAAGCCAGUUCAUUCACCUCUAGAGGUGAUUCAAGAGAUGCCAUGGGGACCAUCAGAGGAUCCUCUACUUCCGGCAGCCGCGUUCAAGGAACUGAUCGGGAUCAGUGUGUGGGGCAAGGAGGAAGGAGGUCCAAGGUCUGAGAGUCGUGCGAAUGGUAAUCUUAAGUGGCUGGUACGUCAGUGUCCCAAGCUUGCUGUCGGCAAGGAGGAUCCCAGUAAGCCCAAGGUUCGUACUGUUUUCGAUCCCUAUUACUUUGUAUUGUAG